GCGCGGCCGCACCCCCCGGCCGCCCGCUCGGUAUUAUGAUUAGCCCUGGGUGCGGGGUUCCGGCGGCCGGGAGGGAGUUGUCGACGCCGCGGCCGCUGCGGACGGAUGCCCGCCUGCCGGCUGAGGAGAAACAACAAAUAUUGGUAACAGUGAUUUGGCAUGCAAUUUGCAAGAAUGCAUCUAAACAAAUACAGAGGAAAAGAAUAAAGAUGAGAAAAUGGCAUAGGCAGUCCCAAGAAAUCUGGUUUGAAGGUGAAAGUUGAAUUUGCAGAAAUAUGCAGCAUACACUUAGACAGGUAUCCAUUAUGAUGUUGACAAUGAAGGCCUCAUUUACAGCAGAUAUGCUCAUAUGAGAAGACCCACUUCAAGCACUUUAAGUAUAUUUCCCUUCAUUGAACCAGCAUGGCAGGGUUCAAGCGAGGAUAUGAUGGAAAAAUUGCUGGAUUAUAUGAUCUGGAUAAAACCUUGGGUCGAGGUCAUUUUGCAGUGGUCAAACUUGCCAGGCAUGUCUUUACAGGUGAGAAGGUGGCAGUGAAAGUCAUUGACAAGACAAAGCUGGACACGCUAGCCACUGGUCAUCUCUUCCAGGAAGUGAGGUGCAUGAAACUAGUGCAGCACCCCAACAUUGUGCGUCUCUAUGAAGUCAUAGACACCCAGACCAAACUCUAUCUCAUUCUAGAACUUGGAGAUGGAGGAGACAUGUUCGAUUACAUAAUGAAGCACGAGGAGGGCCUCAAUGAAGACCUGGCCAAGAAGUACUUUGCUCAGCUGGUGCACGCCAUCUCUUACUGCCACAAGCUGCACGUGGUCCACAGGGACUUGAAACCAGAGAAUGUUGUCUUUUUUGAAAAACAAGGUCUUGUGAAGUUGACAGACUUUGGCUUCAGCAACAAAUUUCAGCCUGGAAAGAAGCUCACUACCAGCUGUGGCUCUCUUGCAUACUCUGCCCCAGAGAUCCUGCUUGGUGAUGAGUACGAUGCCCCUGCAGUAGACAUAUGGAGCCUGGGUGUGAUCCUUUUCAUGCUGGUGUGUGGGCAGCCGCCCUUCCAAGAAGCCAACGACAGCGAGACCCUGACCAUGAUCAUGGACUGCAAGUACACUGUGCCGCCCCGAGUGUCUGCAGGGUGCAGGGACCUGAUCACACGGAUGCUGCAGAGAGACCCCAAAAGGAGAGCCUCUUUGGAAGAGAUUGAAAGCCACCCUUGGCUCCAGGGAGUGGACCCCUCACCAGCCACAAAGUAUAACAUUCCUCUGGUGUCCUACAAGAACCUCUCUGAAGAAGAACACAACAGCAUCAUCCAGCGCAUGGUGCUUGGGGACAUCGCGGACCGAGAUGCCAUCGUAGAAGCCCUGGAGACCAACAGGUACAACCACAUCACCGCCACUUACUUCUUGCUUGCUGAAAGGAUCCUGAGAGAAAAACAAGAGAAGGAGAUACAGACCAGGUCUGCGAGCCCCAGCAACAUCAAGGCCCAGUUUAGGCAGUCAUGGCCAACCAAAAUUGAUGUGCCCCAAGACCUUGAAGAUGAUCUCACUGCCACCCCUCUGUCACACGCCACAGUCCCUCAGUCUCCUGCUCGUGCUGGUGACAGUGUCCUCAAUGGCCACAGAAGCAAAGGCCUGUGUGACACAGCCAAGAAAGAUGAGCUUCCGGAGCUGGCUGGGCCGGCACUGUCCACUGUUCCACCUGCAAGCCUGAAGCCCGCAGCCAGUGGGCGCAAGUGUCUCUUCAGGGUGGAAGAAGAUGAGGAGGAGGAGGAGGAGGACAAGAAGCCUGUGUCCCUGUCCACGCAGGUGGUGCUGCGCCGGAAGCCAUCAGUCACCAAUCGCCUGACAUCUCGAAAGAGUGCCCCGGUGCUCAACCAGAUCUUUGAGGAGGGCGAGUCUGACGAUGAAUUUGACAUGGACGAGAACCUGCCACCCAAGCUGAGCCGGCUGAAGAUGAACAUUGCUUCACCAGGCACAGUGCACAAGCGCUACCACCGCAGGAAAAGCCAGGGCCGUGGCUCAAGUUGCAGCAGCUCUGAGACCAGUGAUGAUGACUCCGAGAGCCGCCGGCGGCUGGACAAGGACAGUGGCUUUGCUUACUCGUGGCACCGGCGUGACAGCAGUGAGGGGCCACCAGGCAGUGAGGGUGAUGGCAGUGGCCAGAGCAAACCUAGCGGCGGUGGUGGUGUGGACAAGGCCAGCCCAGGCGAGCAGGGGACGGGUGGUGGUGGCCAGGGAGGCUCAGGUGGGACCCCUUCAGGUUCAGCAGGCUCCUCACGACGCUGUGCAGGCCCUGACUCCUCCUCAUCCUCCCCCGCCUCAGCCUCUGCUGCUCCUCGUGGUGCAGAGCUGGUGCAGAGCCUCAAACUUGUGAGCCUGUGCCUUGGCUCGCAGCUGCAUGGCGCCAAGUACAUUCUGGACCCGCAGAAGGCCUUGUUCCCCAGCGUGAAAGUGCAGGAGAAGUCCACGUGGAAGAUGUGCAUCAGCACCCCCGGCCCCAGCCCCUCCGCUGACCUUGACCCGGUGAGGACCAAGAAGCUGAGGAACAACGUGCUCCAGCUACCUCUGUGCGAAAAGACCAUCUCCGUGAACAUCCAGCGCAGCCGCAAGGACGGGCUGCUCUGCGCCGCCAGCCCCGCCAGCUGCUGCCACGUCAUCUGACCUGUAGAGCGCUCACUUCAUCUGUUCUGACGUGACAAUGCAUGUUCUUUGUGCAUGCUGCUACACGCUACUUUUCUUUUCCAGCCGAAAAGUCUACUGUGUGAUUUUACAUUCAUGAUUUUCAGUGUGGAUGACCAGGAUGAAAUGUGUAUCUGGAACAAACGUAAAUGGAGCGCUUAGAAAUUCAUGUUCUGCACUUAACCUGGAGGGAAAAUGCUUUCAUUUCCUUGUGAAAAGCCCAAAUUCCUGUCCUGACCUCCGGUGAUAGGGAAACUCCAUGCUCUGAGGCACACUGGUGCCCGAGACAGAACCAAAGCAAUAACGUGGUGAUGCCCACAGGCCUGGGAGGAGCGACCCCGCUGCCAGCCCCCCAGGGCCUGUGCACCAAGAACCUUAGAGCCACGGUUUGAGCACCCACACCUGUUUGUCUUAAACAAUAGUGCAAAAGCAGUUGGGGCUCUUACAUUUUCAUCGACAGGUUUUGUUUGUAGUAGGUGAGAUCAGCUACUUAGCUUUGUGAGGCAGCUUACCCCGUAGAAUUACAAGGAGACAAUCUUUUGUGAGGCGAUGAGAUGAACUCAAGUCUUAAUUCUAUUUAGAGUGUGUAUGUCUAUCUGACAGAAAAAACAAAAGAGGCUCUGUGUAAGUUUCCCCUGCAGGACACAAGGCAGGGUUUCCUUCAACCUGUGUGGAGAGGAGAAGCGGAGGGCCUGCUGGCCUGCUGGGCUGCUGCAGCAGCCACUGCGCACAGGUGGCAGCCAAGUCAGAACUCUGAUGAGGAAGCAGAACUUCCUGAGGUGGUUUUUCAGGAGCUUGGUGGUGAGGUGGCUCAGGUUUCUUCCAUUCCGUGGCUCAGCUGUGAAGAGCGGCUGAUAAGAACCUCCUCAGGGAAGGGUAGUGCUCCUUGGGAGCCCUCAGAGGCACUCGCUGCCUUCCUGCCUUCCUGCUCUCGCGCGUGCUCCAGUCCUCCCCGCCCCGCGCCGACCACUUGGACUGACAGCUUCCCCAGGCGCCCCCUAUGCCUGUCCUCCCUGAUCCUGGGACGCCCAGAUGCUGGGUUUUCACACGGUGCCCAAGGGGGGUGAAAGCAGUGUUUAAGCGGCCUAUGGGGCAGGUGUGGCCGGCCCAGGGUCCUUUCCUCACUCUUCAGCUGCUGCCCUGUUCCCAGGUGACAGGAGCAGCUGAGCAUGUGAUUCGGAGCAGGCAGGACAGGCCACCACUUUGCUCAGUGCUUGCUCGGUGACUGCUACUUUAGGGUUAGUGUAUAUUACUCAGAACUUCACAGUGUAACCUGAUUAAGUAAAGUGAUACUUAAGAUACUUCCUAGAGCUAGCUAACUGCUUGUGCUGUAAGCUGCAGUCCCGUUCAGUGUGACAUUCACAGAGUUGAGAGCUGUGAGGGUAGACGUGGGUGAAGCCAUAGAGCACAUUUGCUUGAAAUUCUUAAGCAGGGAUCUUCCAAGGGCCAGAGACCAGUGUGGCUCUCCGAGACAGAGCCACAUCUGUGUGAGCCAGGAGGGAUGUCUAUAAGGGGCAUUGCAAUAAACUGUCACAGCUGUUUUCCAAGUAAUGUACAUAACUCCUCUGUAGUCACGUCCAGCCUCUGAGUGGCGCCUCUGAACUCAACCGUAUGCGUUUGGUCUCCAGUGGUUUUUCUAUUCAGGUGUAUAUACGGUGCUCACUUUAGAUCAGCAGUGUUGGCCAUUUAUGCUGCAGAGCUGUGUCAUAGCCUUAUUAGUUGUGUGUGGUUGGUGACCCUCUGGGUACACAAAUGUCUGUUGAGUGCUGUCUUACCCAUUUGUUGACAAGUGGAUGUCUGUGCAUGUGUUGUGUGUCAUGGGGUGUCGUCACAGAGGGAGGGAGCAGAACCAUCACCCCGAUAGUGGACCAAACUACUUCCUUGCUCUAGCCAGUGACUUGUCCCCUAACUUGUCUUCAGAAGUCACAUAGAGUUACAGUAGUGUAUAAAUUAAAUAUUGUGGGAAAAGUUAGUCUUGUAUUUUUCUGUGUAUAUAUAUAUAUAUACAUAUAUAUAUAUAAAUAAAUAAAAUUAUGUACUUCUGGAAUUCUAUCUGUAUUUAAAGAUGUGACAAUCUUGACACCGAUUUUAAUAGUCAUGAGCCCGAACAAAGAUGUCCUAGGAGCCAGAGUUGGUAUGUGCUGAGAACACAAACUUGUCAGCUAAUUGGUCAGUUGCCUCUAGUUUUGGCCAAUUCAUUUUCCUUGUGUGAACAUUGACAGGUAUGUGACAGAUGGGAAAUAAUCCAAUAAUAAAGUGACAUACUGAUGUUCA